CUAUAAUAUGGAAACCAAAAAAAAUGGUCGUUCUUCAGUAUACCUUUUUAGCCCGGUAUACUCUACGCUACUAGGUCGUACAAUGUAUGUAGUCUGGAAUAAUAUUAUUAAAUAAACUAUUUUUACUUACCUAUAGUUUUUUUCUUUUCUUCGGAAUCUCCAGCUUCACAAAAAAUCUUGACGAUUUCUUCCCAGUUCCUGCGUUUUAUGGUUCUAUUGGAAUAAUCUGAUGAUUCCAUAUGGCUGCCCUUUUUUCAAUUUCAUCAAUAAAAAGUUCCGUAUCGAAGUUAUCACGCUCCAUCGUUACAAAUACGUCCACUCGCAACGGACUCGCGCGUAGUACUGGACGCAGCAAUGGCACCCGAGUAUCUCGACUCGCGCGUCGCUCGCGCGUUAAACGCGCGAGUCGAGAAUCCCGCUCAUUGCACGCGUUUUACGCGCGAGUGAGGAUACGCGCGUAGGCAUCUGGACGGGAUAUAUGUAGCUCUAGUAUCUCGGAUACGCGCGAGUGUCAACACGCGUGUGGACUCGCGCGUAAAACGCCUCAUCUGGACAGGCUCGUA